UCUCAAUCAAUGGAAAAUCAAAACAACGUGACAGAGUUCGUUUUAUUUGGUCUCUUCCAAAGUCGGGAGAUGCAGCAUGCCUGCUUUGUAGUUUUCUCUAUCAUCCAUGUGCUCACUAUCCUGGGUAACCUGGUAGUGAUAAUCACUAUAAAAGCCAGCAAGACCCUCACUGCCCCCAUGUAUUUCUUCCUCAGCCACUUGUCCUUUGCAGACAUGUGCUACCCAUCAGCCACCACUCCAAAGAUGAUUGCUGACACUUUUGUAGAGAGAAAGACCAUCUCCUUCAAUGGCUGCAUGACUCAACUCUUUUCUGCCCAUUUCUUUGGUGGAACUGAGAUCUUCCUCCUCACUGCUAUGGCCUAUGACCGUUAUGUUGCCAUCUGUAAACCUCUGCAUUAUACAACUAUUAUGGACCGACAGAAAUGUAGUUUGCUGGCUGGGGCUUCUUGGGUAGCUGGCUUCCUUCACUCCAUUCUGCAAACCCUCCUCACUGUCCAGCUGCCUUUCUGUGGUCCAAAUGAGAUAGACCACUUUUUCUGUGAUGUCCACCCACUUCUGAAGCUUGCAUGUGCUGACACUUAUGUGGUGGGGCUGAUUGUUGUAGCCAACGGUGGGAUGAUCUCACUUAUAUCCUUUAUUGUCCUUAUCAUCUCAUAUAUCAUAAUCCUGUUGAACCUGAGGAGUCAGUCAUCAGAGGGGAGGCGCAAGGCUCUCUCUACCUGUGUCUCCCACAUCAUCACUGUCCUCUUGGUCCUUGUGCCUCCCAUGUUCAUGUAUAUCCGCCCCUCUACUACACUGGCAGCUGACAAACUUGUUAUUUUGUUCAACAUUGUGAUGCCGCCAUUGCUCAACCCUCUGAUAUAUACCCUGAGAAAUAAUGAAGUAAAAAAUGCCAUGAGGAAACUAUGGAGCAUAAAAUUGGCAUGUGGAAAGAAAUGA